CCUUCCUCUCACCUGUUCUAUUCUUCUAUUGUCUUUUUUUUUCAGGACAAAAUGUACUAUAUUUUUGUUUCAGACUGACAACCUUGCAUUUCUCUAAAAUCAGUUUAAUAUUUUCAAGGAUACAGCAUACAGUCCAUAGUCCAAAUAAUUGUGUCUGUCCAUCUGUCUCUUUUACAUGACUGAAACAUAUGUGAUGCUUCCACCGCAUCUGCCGCUGCUGCUUUACAGUAAAGCUGUUUGUUUUUCCUGCAGUAGGACUCCGGUUGACUGUCUGCAGAACGCUGGUGUCCUGGAGUGGCACAUCAGUUUGGUCAGUUCGCCCAGCACUCCUUCCUCCUCUUUCUCCCUCCCUUCCUCUUUCUCUCACUUCCUCGUUCUCAUACUACCAGCCACUUGAGAAAAGAGAGAAGCCCUGCUUCAUGGCUUAGAGAAUGAGCUCUGCCUCUCAGCUGCAGACCGAGAGCAGAGAGGAGAACAGAGAGAAGGGGAGAGGAAGGAGUAAAGAGGAGAGGAGAAAGGCAGCGACACACUUGCAUCUGUUGUGGCAACCAAGAGGCAAAUGAGAGUGUGAGAGAGGCAGAGAGAGUAUGCCAGAGUGAGAGGAGAGAGAGAAAGAGAGAGGAGAUGUCAGACAGCCGUGUCCUUGAGAACUGCACCACAACUCUUUGAAGAGAGCCGGGAGACGUAUCUGAGGCCUGAACACACCUUACAGCAAUUACCCAGAAGCAUAUCAGAUCACAGAAGUUAGAAUAGCUGACGAAACAAAGGAAAAAGAAGAAGAGGACACAUAAUGGAUACCUGCCCGUAACAUCAUGAAUGAACUUAUCGAAGGGGCCAUUGGUGAACAGCAGCAGUGAAGAUAACUCCAAGUCAACUUAUGGUAAAUGCGGCGCUGGCGCCUGGAGGAUGCACCAGAGCUACGAUCCACUGGAGGCCAACCACAUGAGAGACGCACAUGCCCUCUACAACCCCAGGCUUCUCUGCAGAAUGUCCAGUAAGGAGCGCCACCUUGAGUCCAACUGUCCGUCCUCUUAUAUAAAGACUGAGCCGUCUAGUCCUGCCUCCCUGACUGACAGUCUAAACCAUCACUCCCCUGGUGGCUCCAGUGACGCCUCAGGCUCCUAUUCGUCCACGAUGAACGGCCACCCCAAUGGCUUAGACUCCCCGAGCCUUUAUGGCUCCAACGCAGGGCCCCUGGGUCCUGCCGGUGGCCCCGGAUCAAAGCGCUAUGAGGACUGUUCGUCAACUAUUGGGGAAGAUUCACAGAUUAAGUGCGAGUACAUGUUGAAUUCAAUGCCCAAGAGGCUGUGUCUGGUGUGCGGGGACAUUGCGUCAGGGUACCACUAUGGAGUGGCAUCCUGCGAGGCCUGCAAGGCCUUCUUCAAACGCACCAUCCAAGGCAACAUUGAGUACAGCUGUCCAGCCACCAACGAGUGUGAGAUCACCAAGAGGAGACGCAAGUCGUGCCAGGCCUGCCGCUUCAUGAAGUGUCUGACUGUGGGCAUGCUGAGGGAGGGUGUUCGUCUGGACAGGGUUCGUGGUGGAAGACAGAAGUAUAAGCGCCGGAUAGAUGCAGACAACAGUCCAUACCUGAACCCACAGCUGGCUCUGCCACCCAAGAAGCCAUUUGCCUUUGGCUGCCUUGCAGAUAACAAAAUCGUCUCUCACCUGCUGGUGGCUGAGCCAGAGAAGAUUUACGCCAUGCCUGACCCAACAGUACCAGACAGCGACAUCAAGGCCCUGACUACGCUGUGUGACCUGGCGGACAGAGAGCUAGUGGUCAACAUCGGCUGGGCCAAACAUAUCCCAGGUUUCUCUACGCUGUCUUUGGCAGAUCAGAUGAGUCUACUGCAAAGCGCAUGGAUGGAGAUCUUGAUCCUGCGUGUCGUGUACCGCUCACUGUCUUUCGAAGACAAGUUGGUGUAUGCUGAGGACUACAUAAUGGACGAGGACCAGUCAAAGCUGGCUGGACUUCUGGACCUGAACAAUGCCAUCCUUCAGCUAGUCAAGAAAUACAAAACUAUGAAACUAGAGAAGGAGGAAUUUGUCACUCUCAAGGCCAUUGCUUUGGCUAACUCAGACUCCAUGCACAUUGAAGAUGUGGAUGCAGUGCAGAAACUCCAGGAUGUGCUCCACGAGGCCCUGCAGGACUACGAGGCUUCCCAGCACCAGGAGGAUCCCCGCCGGGCGGGCAAGCUGCUCAUGACCCUCCCCCUGCUCCGCCAGACGUCCACCAAGGCUGUACAGCACUUCUACAGCAUCAAGCAGGACGGCAAAGUCCCAAUGCACAAACUCUUCCUGGAGCUGCUGGAAGCCAAGGUCUGAGGACGGGGGGGGGGACAGAUGGAAGGACAGCUACACACCAGUCUGAACCACCCGAGCUUCAACACAAACUCUAAACAACAACUUUGAAUGACCUCUUGCUCUUUUACAUGCACACACUCUUACACACAUGCGCGCACACACACAGAAAUACGACCCUUAAGUACUGUAUGUCUGCUGACACAUCCCCCUAUGAAUAAACAAGUCACCUACAUCUCUUACCUGAACCCCAAAACCUCCACCGGUGUUUGACAAAAGGGCGCUCACUUGACCUUUUGUUUUGGGGAAGAUGCUGAGAGACUGACAUGACCCCCCUAUUACCAAGGGAAGAAGAUAUUUCCUUUUAAAACUAAUAACAACCAAUUAACAGUUACUGUGGUGACUCGGAACAAUGACAAUGGCGAAAACAGUCACUUAUGCAUUUAAUAACGAUUAAGAUGUUAUUUGCGACAAAUGCUUAAAUGAGGACACAUUUAAAAAGAAACUGAAAAAACUCUUCGUUUUAGUUCUGAGAGACUGUAAGACUGCACUCGUGUCUCCUUUUCCCGACCUAUUUCCCCCACAGAGUUUUUUAAGUGUUCGAGAAGAAAACGAGUGGAGGAAAAAAAGAACACUGAAGAAGUAUUAAUGACGUUUGUUGUCAAAUUACAUGUAUAAUGAAAUUUGGAUGGAUGGACAGAGAGAAAAGAAGAGGAGAUUUGCCCUGCCAAAGAAUGGAAAUCAUCCAUUCAGAGGAUGCCAGCAAACUUUACUGUCAUAACCCGAAACUGUUUCUGGUUUUAUAAAACAGUGGCUUUUAAUCCUGGGCCUCAAGAACGAGAGUACUGCUGGUUUUCUGUUUCACCCAGUUUUUUCAAAUUGUUAUGGUUAUAAUGAAAACCAGCAGGACUUGAACUUCCAAAGGACCAGAGUUGGAAACCACUGCGGUAAACACUUUGUGGUUCUCCCUAAAUUCAGUUCCUGGUUUCCCAUGAUUCCCCCUGCUUCAACUACAACUUGACUAUUUGUUGUAUUUGUUGAGGACCAUCGAUCCUGGCCUCACAAACCUGUCAGUAUUACCACAGUAUUAGUGUUUGCACACUUCAUAAAGCUAAAAAUGGUUUCAGAUAUUCAAACCACUUGAGGCGUGAUUUAUUGACAGUUUAUAAGUAAAUAAAAUAUCCCUCACAAAUGGCCUGACAUCAGACUUGAUCUGUACCGUGAAGAAUGGUUUCCAACUGGUAGAUGUAGGCUGACUUCACAUUCUCUAUGACGCUCUAUAUUCUGUCAAACGCCGCUCUUGCGUUUGUCUGUUUGAAACAUUUUCAGCUCCUCAGUGGCCCGGAUUUGCAGCUCACCACACACACACCAAGUCAGUAGAGAUUUCAGCCCAUCAAUGUGCCAUUAAGAAUAGCCCAGCACAUGCUCAUCACCCGUCCAAACUCCCAAAAAAACUGCAACUUCAGUACGACCCUCCUCGCUCUGUUGCGUUCACAACUUCCAGAUCAUCUCUUGUGUCAGGACGGAGAUAUUUUAUGUGAUUUGUUCAGGGAGUGAUGUGGGGGGGAGGAGCUUUAGUCACUCAACGCAAUACAAACCAGAAGGAAAGGUGUGCUGACGAAACUGACUGAAGAACAACUAUUGUUGCUUUGAAACUGCUUUUUCUUUUUUUUUUUCUUAAUUUCUAUCUUGAAAAUAAUCUUAGCGAUGAUACCAAUAUUAGGGUUGUAAAUAAUUGUCAUCCUGUAUAUGACAUAUAACACGGCUUUGUUUUUUUGUUAUUAAUAUUGUCUUCUUAAAACUGAAUCAAUCAAUAUGUCUUUCCUUUUUUUUUUCUAUCAGCUUGACCACGUUCAGCAAUUAUCAUAUAUAUAUAUAUAAAUAUAACAAGUAAUAAUGUAUUAACAAAUCAGCGUUUAUCUUAGAAACUCUGAGCAAUAGUGGUUUUAAAAGGAGGGGUUUGUGCAUAUGGACUAAGUCUGCAAUAUUAACAUUACGUGCCAGUCUUAAAUUAAACGGGAGGAGAGGGGGGGAGAGAGAGAGAGAGAGAGAGAGAGAGGAUGGGUUUUGAGGAGAGUUUGUAGCUUCUCUUUCUUUCUGUGUAACUUGCCAUAAGCUAUUAGAUAACAGUCAACAAUUACUUUCUCGGAGACAGUCAAAAAUAAGGACCAGGAACAUCAACGUGAGAUGCUUUCAUCACAUUAUGGCAGGAAAGAUGUCUGAGGAAUGAGAGUCAAAGAACAAGAAGCUAAAAACUCAAAGAUCCAAUACCCAGUUUGCAGUUAACUCAUGGCUCUGAUGUUUGCACCUUUCCUGUGACCGAGCUCUUUUCUGCUGUCACAUUUAAUCUGAGUAAAACAAGACGGUUAUUUAUUUAAAAUCAACAGUGCAAUAAUAACAGUUUUCGUCCAUUGCAUCCUGAAGGGUGUGUAGUGUAUUUCGUCGGCCAUGUAGACGAGUGUUUGGGACCAUCAGAGCAACCUGACUGAGAGAUCUGGCGCUGGCAGAAACAAUAUCAGAACAACACGGCACUGACUGCUUUAUGUGAGCUCACUAUUCGACUUCCUGCUGUUCACUUUAUUUUAACAAUUCAAAGAAAAUUUCUAAGUGCUUUAACACCAUCAGUCCUACCAUAAACUAUCUGAAUUAAUAUAAAUGAAGGGGGAUUAAUCACAUGCAUUUUUACUGCUAAUCAUAACUUAUCUAUUUCCUAACUGUCUAGCUUGUGUUGUAAUGUAAAUCAGCUACUUGACCUGUGUUAAGAUUUAACAAACCAGGUCAUGUAGGACAGUAUUUUUUUUUUUAGAAUGUGACUUAAUUCACCUGCAACUAAAUCUGCAGCUGUCACAGACUUCAAAUGGCCACAGUGUUAUUUGAUAGUGAUUUCCAGUCAGUUCAGAUGAAACGUCUACAUGCAGGAAACGGAAAAAGUCGAGCUGACAGAAAGCAUUUUAUAGUCAAGUGAAGAAACAUUGAUUUCAUUGUUAUGGCGAGGAUGCAUACUGCAUAGUUGACCGAUCACAGCUUUAACAGGCGAAGACAGUCGAGGGAUUUUUUUUAAAAAUAUCAUUAUUUGUGUAAUUUCUAAUGCCGAAUAAGAAUGCCAAAAUGUUUAAUCUAGAUGACGGUGUAAUCUAAUAUAAAAUGGCAACUUGUCACAGCUGAGGAGUGCUGCGGUUUAAGUGUAGUUGAUCUCUAACAUCACACGCUCUGUAUCAAACAUCAGUAUUAUUAGUAAGGGGUAUUUUCUCAGCCUUCUUAAACAUUGUAUAUUGUAAAUUAUACAGAUUAUAAUUCAAACAUAAGACAUUUUAUUGGAAACAAAAGCGAGAAAAAAAAAAGAACAAAAAAAAUGUAGUUCAGCCUCGAUGUGUGUUUCAUGUUCGCUGUUUUUUCUAUCAAGGAUAAAAAACAGUUUCUUUUGUUUUGUCUGUUUUUGUUUUCAAGUCCUCUUUCUUUUUUGGAUCUUUUCCUCUUCUGUUGAGUCCUCUUAAGGCGUUGCUGUGUACUUUUUCUUGUGGUGAUUCCCGUUCUUGUGCCGUGUGCUUCUUCUUUAGACGACACAGAGUAGAGUAGAGGCCAUGUUGUCUGUCUGUCGGAUCAGCCCGCUGAGGGUCUGGGUAACGGAUUCUCUCACAAUGAACCGAACCGGAUAUUAAGGCUCUUCUUCUAGAAACUUACUAGACCACCAGGAUCAAAUUACAGUACUCAUCUUUACCAAACUAUACAUAAAUAAUGAAAUAUUUAGUAUCUAAAUGAAGAAACACCUUACAAGUAUUUAAAAGGGAUCAUUUGUGUAACUUUCCUGUAGAAUAAACAAUAUACUGUAUAUCUUUAGGUUUAAAUAAAGAUGAAAUGAAAAGGGCAUUUGAGUAAUAAUUCAGAACUGUAGGUGACUCUUCUUUGAUAAACUCGCUGUACAUAACUGCCUUCCAUACAGCUCGGCAAAAUAUGAAGAUAAACCUUUUUUUUUUCUUAAAAAUAUUUUCAUUGUUUUCUGUUUUUUCAGCUCAUUUCUGGAAAAAUAUCUUGCUUUACGACAAAGAGUGAAAAGUGAUCGGACAGAUGAAGGUUGAUGGGAAAAGAAUGUUAAAAAAAAGCUUGACAUGUUUAGUUUGCACUUGCUGUUUCUCUUUAACAUGCGCUCAUUAUUACAUUGUGGGACACGGUUCUGCAUUGGGCCCAGAAUUAAGAACCACAAGAAAAUUCUCAACAUCCUUUAAUGAACAUGUUAUUAUACUCAUUGUACCUCUUUAUACCCAUUUAUAGAUUUAUAGAUUCUGCGCUACAAAUGGCAUAAAUUCAAAUAUUCUAGGGCUCAUCAAUGGUCUUAAACAUGAACAUGUAAUGUUUUAGAAAAAAUAUUGCACAGGUGCAUACAAGAUAUUUGUAGGUGAAGUCCCCUAUGACUGAGUUUCCUAUUUUGAUUGUUACUGACACUAACUUCUGGAUGUCAGAAAGACGUUGGUGUUAACUGUUAGCUACUGUACAUUAAUCUACACACAACUUAUGGGAGAAAGUUGCUGUUUUCUUACUAUUGUUUCUCUUCUGUUACUGUUCUCUGCUGUUUGUAUUUAUUUGUCAAACCAAUCCUGUGUGCUCCUGAUGAAAGAUGUUACAAGUCUCCCUGAGGUGAUCAAGGCUGAGCUGAAUUUGGCUAAUAGCCAUGUUUUAAAAUGUUUCUACUAUUAGCAAAUGCUGCUAUGUAGAGAUGAUUCAAAACAAAUUAAAUAUCAUAUAUUUAUCAUAUGUAGUUAAUUGAAAGUGAUUAAGACAUCACAGUUAUUUAUCCCAGAGCAGAAUUAAGUUUUAAGUUUCUCUCUUGAUAGGAAAUGGGUCACUGUGUGCCACUUUCUUUUGCUAGUCAAAGUUAUAGGUAUGCAAAAAAUGCAGGACCCGACUAAAAACUAUGACCAGCCAGAAUCAGGAGGGAGACUGUGUGUUUCUUUCAGAGGCUUUGAUGUAACAAACUGCUCAUAUCAAGGAUAUUAUUUAGAUGAACAGGACAAGAGUGUUUUCCCAUGUGCAAUUUUUUUUUCUUGUUAAAAAGCAAUAUUUUGAGGACUGUACUUCAACGAGGCAAGAGUUGCACUUGUUUGUGUUGGGUUAUAGAUCCGAAUGCUGAUGUAGCUAUUGGAAUUAUUCUGCAGUUAGUAUUAAAACCAUUUAAAUAACAAGGUGAUCAAUGUUACAACAAAGUAAACUGGUGUUUUCUCUGAGGAGCGGUGGAAGAAGGACUGGAUGGGGUUUUUUUUUUUGCAGAGCCACUGAUGGAAAGAGUUUGACCUGGUUGCACUUUUAGGAACCAUGUUAUUUCCCUCAUCUGGAACUAAGAUCCAUUAGCUGCAAAUACUGUAUGUAGUAAUACUUCAGCUGAAACAGAACGAUGAGCUAUUUAGCCAUCGCAACAAAGCAGGAUUGUCCAUCUUCCAUGGCUGCCCCUGAAAACUGCUGAGGCCAAACUGUGUCUGUCUACAGCUUUACAGUGUUUAGUCAUUUAGUUGUAUUUAAUCCCCAAAUGUAACUGCCACAUGUGCUGCAGCUAACUCUGCGGCCCGAAUCUGCAAAUAUGAAGUAAAUAUUUAAGGGAGAGAGAAAGUCGAUUUUGGUAAAAAGGAUAUUUAAAGAUAAAAAAGACCCUUGCGUGGUGGAGAAGAGUUGCGGAUGAGAGAAGACCCUGUAGUGUAAUUAAAAACAUGUCCGUAGAUUUUAGAUGUGCUUCACAUCAGUAAAUGAAAAAAAAUAAAAAAUAAACAAUUACCUGUAUAUUUUUGUGAUGUGUAUCAUACAAGUGUGCUCCAACGAUAAUGUCCAUUUGUGUAAAUGUAUUUAUUUCACAUUGUAUAUAUUGUUCAAUGCAAAAAGAGAGACCUAUGAUUCUGUAACUUAAACUACUAUGGGUUGAAACAUUACAUGUGUUACUCCAGACUAUGCCUUUCAGGAUUAUUACAGUAGAGCAAUAUCAAUUAAAACCAGGCUUCCAGUUUU